AUGUUUCCUUCGAUGAAGGUGCCAUGGUCUGAUCACUAUGCUCUGAAAGCCAGGAUUGACGUUCCACCCCCACCCUGCUUAGGUGGCGAGCCGAUUUGGGCUUGCCCGCAGAGGCUGAUGGACCCUGAUAGAUUCCAUCAAGCCUUGUGGGACCUUGCUCCCCCUGGCGACUCAUUGACUGAGCUUGUUGAGGGCUGGAAUACCCAGCUCCUGGCAGCCAUCAAUGAGAUCGCACCUAAGCGCCCUCUGCGACCCCGCAGAAACAGGGCUCCCUGGUUUACCGAGGAGCUCCGGAAAAUGAGCGGGACCUCAGACGGCUAG